AUUUGCGACAGGACGAUACGACGUGCGACAACGUGUACUACGGAGUUGUCCCUUGCAUUCAUAGUGAAAGGCCAUGGCCAACCCUUUAAAAACUGAAGUUAUCAGGCUGUACAAAAAUCUCCUGUAUCUCGGCCGUGAAUACCCUCAGGGAGCAGCGUACUUCAAACAGCGCCUGAAGUCAGCCUUCAUGAAGAAUAAAGACGUGACCGACCCGGAGAAGAUCAAACAGCUGGUGGCCCGGGGGGAUCAUGUCAUUAAGGAGCUAGAAGCUCUGUAUUUCCUCCGAAAAUAUCGGGCCAUGAAAAAGAGAUAUUAUGAACCCGAAAAAUAAUGGCACACACUGAUAGCUGCAAGUGGUUUCCCUGGAUUACAGUGCAAGCAGUGGACAUGUGAUAAUCGGUGAUUUAUCAGCGUCGCGGGUUCACAAACGCACUUUUUAACACCUACCGAGUCCAAAACAAAGAACAGAAUUUCCAACAGCUGCUCCUUUAUUAAACUCAACUAAGGUUGCCUCUGAAAGGGAAAUAAAAUCCUCGUCUCUGGGUGUUACAAAGCGAUCAUCACUGUCAUUUAUAUUUUGUACCUAAGGCCACUGUUUCAAUUUCAUAGACUGUUUGUAAGCCCAGAAUAUGUUUUAUGUCCCACUGACACAUUUUAGUGUAUUUCAAACAAAUGCUUCACCAGAUGAGUUACCCCAGCAUUUAUACGGAGGUGUCGAGAUUGUAACAUUCAUAAUUUGUACGAGAGGUUGUGUACUUUUUUUUUAAAAGCAGCUGUAUUUCUGUCUACCAACUAAAGCUUCCUUAAUGUAAUAUGUGAGUUUUAGAAUGUAUUUCAGUGUAUAUAUUUGUAAAUACAUGCUCACGUUUCUCGAGAAAUAAAUGCACAUGGGAAUGGAUUCAUGUGCUGUUACACAAAAGGCAAACAUAAAUGUUAUAUAGAUGUACAGAUUUCUUAGACUGGUGUCCAGUGUCACAAACUAUAGACCUGUCUCUUUACUACCUCAAUUCUCAAACGUUCUUGAAAAACUGUUUAACAACCGACUAGAAAAAUUUAUAGAUAAACAUAAACUACUCACCGAGAGUCAGUACGGAUUCAGAUCGAGCAGAUCAACAUCAUUGAGACUAUUAGUUUCAAUAGAAUACGUCACAACUUCCAUAGACAAAAAGCAAUAUGUGGCUGGGUUAUUCAUAGACUUGACAAAGGCAUUUGACACUAUAGAUCAGGAUAUAUUAAUAAGAAAACUGGAACGUUAUGGUGUCAGAGGGGCAGUUUUAAAUUGGGUCCGGAGUUAUUUAAGUGACAGGAAGCAGUUUGUGAAAUUAAAUGGUGGUUGCUCCUUAUUUAUGGACAUUGCUUGUGGUGUACCCCAAGGGUCAGUUUUGGGUCCAAAAUUCUUCAACUUAUACAUUAAUGACAUCUGUAAAGUGUCCAAAGUAUUAAAAAUGGUACUCUUUGCUGAUGAUACAAACAUUUUUUGCUCUGGUGAUGAUCUGGAGAAUUUAUUGGAGGAUAUGACUAAUGAAAUAAGUAAAGUGAAGUUCUGGCUUGAUAAAAACAAAUUAUCAUUAAAUUUGAAUAAAUUUAAACUAAUGUUAUUUGGAAAUAGCAGUUUAAAUACAAAUGCUAAGAUUCAAAUAAAUGGUCUUGAUAUUGAAAGAGUCAGUGAAAAUAAAUUUCUGGGGGUAAUAAUAGAUGAAAAACUUAACUGGAGAGCUUACGUAAGAUAUAUUCAUUCCAAAGUAUCACAAAGCAUUGCAAUACUGAACAAGGCAAAGCAGGUAUUAGACAGAACAUCACUUCAUAUUCUCUACUGUUCACUGGUUUCACCAUACUUAAGCUAUUGUGCAGAGGUCUGGGGCAACAACUAUAAAACAACAUUACAUUCACUUUUUACUCUUAAAAAAAAGCAGUUCGAAUCAUCCACAAUCCAGGUUAUAGGGAACAUACAAACUCACUAUUUUUGCAGUCUGAAAUAUUGAAAAUUGCCGAUCCAAACAGCACAAAUUCUAUUCAAAGCAAAAACUGCCAGGUAAUAUUCAGAGUAUUUUUUUUUUUUGUUAUAGUCAUGCUGAAUAUAACAAAAAACUGUGGAACAGUUUGAAUAUGGAAUUAAAGCAAUGUCCAAACAUAAAACUGUUCAAAAAGAGUUAUAAAAUAUGAUCUUCUCGAACUAUAAAGAAAGGGAAAAUAUUGAAAUUAAGUGAAUGUCUCUAUUUUUAUUACAGAUUAUAUCAGUAAGGAAGCUGACUAAAUAUUAACUGAUAACUUGAUAUCAUGAUGUCCAUGCCAUGAUAAUCAUGGCAAAGGGGUGGGAUUAAAUAAGUGUGUACUUCUUCCCACUCCCUUUCAACAUGUAAAUGAAUCAGAACGGUAGCAAUAUUGAAAUGUAUUGACUUUUGUAUGGCAUUUUUUUCUCUUUUAUUUUCUUUAAUAAAUGUACCUGUAUAUUGUUUACAUGUUUGAAAUAAUAACUAUAUAUUAUUUAUAAUGUCCCCCCCCCCCCC